GGGUGGUUUCAAGCGCUAGCCAGCGAUGCCUGUUCGACCGAAGUACAAAGUUCCCGUUGCAGCCGAAACAACGCAACAACAGUCCAAAAUGGCGGACAAAAGCCGAGAUAUUUUGCCGGAAACGCGGCCAAAAACGGAAUGACCCGAUCUGCUGAGUAAGUGCCUUAAAGCAGCCUUUCUCCUGCCUGCAUCCUCAAACUGCAACGCUCACUCCGGUACUGAGCAGCAUCAACGAAAAACCAUGGCUAAAACUGCGAUCGCUUAUAAGGAGAAGAUGAAGGAGCUGUCUGUUCUGUCCCUCAUCUGCUCCUGCUUCUAUCCUGAGUCACGCAACAAACUGGUUUGCGAAUUCGAAGACAUGGAGGUGAAGGCCAUCAACAAGCGGGCUUCUGGCCAGGCCUUUGAGGUGAUCCUUAAGCCACCGUCACCGGUGACUGACGCAGGCUACAGCAUCACCUGGCCCCCCAAGAAGAGAGAGGUCUCCCUGGAGGACAUCCAGAAGAAAAUGGAGGCUGCUGAGGACCGGAGAAAAUCCCAGGAGGCCCAAGUGCUGAAGGCGCUGGCCGAGAAGCGUGAGCACGAGCGGGAUGUCCUGCUCAAGGCCAUCGAGGAGAACAGCAACUUCAGUAAGAUGGCCGAGGAGAAACUGAUCUUCAAGAUGGAGCAGAUCAAGGAAAAUCGUGAGGCCCACCUGGCAGCCAUCAUGGAGCGCCUGCAUGAGAAGGAGCGGCACGCUGCUGAGGUGCGCAGGAACAAGGAACUGAGGGAGGAGCUGACGGCAUGAGCUGAGCGGCCCCCUGGCCCCCGCCCUGCCUCCCCACACCCUCGUCCCCUUCCCCACCGCUACUCCAGUGCAGAACGCAGGCCUUGGCCAUCCAGCAGGGGCAGGGAAGGACCAAGCAGCCCCCCACACUAUCAGCAUUAUCAAACGAAACAAAACGAAAAAGCAUUGCACUCCUUUCAGAAGAAUGAUUUGCUUGAUUUACAACAAAAGUGAACAUGGGUAUUGUUUUUGUAAAUAUUUCCUAUUGUGUUAUUUAUACAUAUAUAUAAAUAUAGACAAAUGUAUUUCGCUGUGCAGUUAUGGAUUUUGUUUAUAUACUUUUUUAUGUUCUUCAGAUCUGCAACAGUUUGUCUUGUAAUAAGCUUUGGUGUUGUGAGUUGGCAGUUGGCUGAUGUGUUUUCGACGAUGUCUGUCUAAGUGUCAUUGUUAAGAAUGCAAGGAGUUACUGCGCUCAGGCUCCAAGUAGAUAUAAGCUUUUUGGGGACUGAUAUAGCAUUGUGACGUUUACAAUUUCCUCAUCUCUUCUCCGUUCUCUCUUUCUCCUACACUUACACAUAGACACGCACACACACUUUCAGAGGCGUUCUCCCUGUAAGACUUCUGCCUGUUACGCUUUGCUGAUAACUCGAUAAGAUGGCGUUAAAGGACAGAGGCGUGCGCCGGCUGACGGAGCAGUGCUGUCUAAUCUGCAUGGCUCGCACGAUCCUUCCUAUGUUCGCCUUCAAUCAUAAGUAUUCCUCAUCGAAUGUGUGGAAAGCGCGACAUCUACUGGUCGAGUGGCAAACAAGCUUUUUCUUUUUUUAAUUUACUGGCCUGGGGUUACGCUUCUAUGCUGUUUACGGCGUUGGCCCUCCACUUUAUUCGACGUGGAAAUUUUAUGUAGACGACGAUGUGACUGCAGAACGAAAAAUAGCCUUCGUGCAACCGUGUAUCUGUUGGUCAGUAUUUGGAGGAGAAAACAUCAAAGCUUUCGAAAUAGGCAGCGGGGUUGUACUUGUACACAUCAACUGUCACGCUAGGAAACGCAGCUUGAGAAUGUUACAGUCGCGAUACAAGCGUGAAAGACGCUAUUGUCAGACAAAGGCCGCGUCACCACAGACAUAACAUAUCGAAAUAAUGCCAAAAAAGACACACGGCCCCGUGGUCAGUGUAGCUGGUUAGGAAUAGUGAUCAUGGUGUUGCAUCUUCAGCGGUCUUUACCUUUCUCUUGGAUUUGUAAUCGUCUUAGAAGAAUGUGUCCGCCUGCAUAUUCCGCUUCCUUUUUGUGUUUUUUCCUUCCCCAUAUAUCUUUGUGAACAAUCUGUGGUCAAUAAAGGUUUGGGGUUCUGUGAA